CCAACUCAGUCAUAGACUUUCCAUGGAAGCGAAGCACAAUCUCUCUCUUACACAUUCCCGUUAAAACCCUAAAAUACCCUCCCUCUUCAUUCAAAUUUCCCACCCAUACCACCACAAGAUACUCAGAUGGCUUAAGAGACCAUGCCAUGGACUCCGUCCUCCAUUCGCUCCCUCCAGCCUCGGACCUCUCGCCUUCAGUCUUCUCCUUUCUCGACGACAAGUUCCCGACCGAAGAAAGCCUCGGCCAAGCUUGUACUCUCGUUUCGGAGCUCGAAACGCAGUGCCGUUGCUUGGAUCAAAAGCUAAUUGACCUGAAUCGUAGCCUCGGAGCAAACUUAGUAGCUUAUGCUUCCUUCUCCGAUCGAAUCCACGCCCUCUUCGCCGAUAUCAAUGUCCGAUUGGUAGGUCUCGGAUCGUCGACUCGCUCUCAUGCUUCUACUACAGGAGAUGGGGAAGGAGGAGAGGGAAAUGAGAGAACAGAGCAGAUUUUGGGGGAGGAACUGCCGGCAUUGGCGAAGGAAGUGGCAAGAGUAGAGACUGUCCGUAACUAUGCAGAGACAGCAUUGAAGCUUGACACAAUGGUUGGUGAUAUUGAAGAUGCUGUAUCUUCUACCAUGAAUACAAACCUAAAAAAGCAUUACUCAGCAAGAAACUCAGAAGAUAUGCGUCUCCUUGCUAUAAAGACCCUGAAACUGACUGAAGAUAUUUUAACUUCAGUUACCAAGAUGCACCCUCAAUGGGCGUGUCUUGUGUCAGCAGUUGAUCACAGAGUAGAUCGAGCUCUAGCUGUUUUACGACCACAAGCUAUUGCAGAUCACCGAGCUCUUCUUAGUUCUCUUGGGUGGCCGCCAGCUCUUUCCACUCUGACUUCCUCAACUCUAAACACAACCAAAGUCCCCAAUCCUCUUUUCACAAUGCAAGGGGAUCUCAAACAUCAGUACUGUGAAAACUUUUUUGCUUUGUGCAGUCUACAGGAGCUGCAAAUACGAAGAAAAUCUCGGCAACUUGAGGGUUAUAGUCGGCAAGUUGCUCUGCAUCAGCCACUUUGGGUGAUUGAAGAGCUUGUAAAUCCUAUAUCAUUGGCAUCUCAACGCCAUUUCUCAAAGUGGGUUGAGAAACCAGAAUUUAUUUUUGCCCUUGUCUAUAAGAUCACCAGGGAUUAUGUAGACUCUAUGGAUGAACUACUGCAACCACUGGUUGAUGAAGCAAUGUUAUCUGGGUACAGUUGCAGAGAAGAAUGGAUUGCAGCAAUGGUGUCCUCCUUAUCAACUUACUUGGCAAAGGAGAUUUUCCCAAAUUAUGUUGGUGAACUGAGUGAGGAGAGAAUAAUGGGUUCGCAAUCAAAGGCUAAAAUAUCAUGGCUUCAUCUUGUUGACUUGAUGAUAUCUUUUGAUAAACGGAUUAAAUCUUUAGUAGAGCAGUCUGGAAUCUUGCUUUCCUCUCAGGAAGAUGGGAACAUGCAGAAGAUUUCUUCUCUUUCAGUUUUCUCUGACCGGCCUGACUGGCUUGAUUUGUGGGCUGAGAUAGAGCUUGAUGACACAUUAGAUAAGCUGAAACUGGAGUAUAGUGAUGAGAGAAAUUGGACAAUAAAGGUUCAGGGAGCAGUUCCUUCAUCGGACCCUGAAGAUUAUAAAGCUCCUGCAGUUUCCAAUACCUUUCUCCGGCAUCUUUCAUCUGUGGUUGAUUGUUGUCGAUCUUUGCCUAGCAAUUCUCUGAGGUUAAGGUUUCUCAGAUUAGCUGGUAAACCUAUUAUAAAAAAAUUUUUGGACUGUUUACUCGUCAGGUGCCAAGAAGCUGAAGGUCUGACUGCGUUGACAGAUGAUGAUGCCCUAAUCAAAGUUGUAAACUGCAUUAAUGCUGGUCGUAAAGUGGAAUCCAUAUUGAAUGAAUGGUGUGAGGACAUAUUUUUUCUUGAAUUAGGAUUGAAUCAGGGUGAUCAACUAGGAAUAUCUGUUAAAGAGAGCGAAAAUAGAGUAGGUUCACUUGAAAAUUUGGAAAAUGGUUUAUUUGAUGAGGAGAUUGGAAACUUACAGGUGUUUGGAAAGGAGUGGGUUGAAAAAAUCUCGGUUGUAAUUUUGAGGGGAUUCGAUGUUCAAUGUCGAGAUUAUUUGAAGAACAAGAAGCAUUGGCAGGAAAAGGGCGAAGAAGGUUGGACGGUGUCAAAAUCUUUAGUUUGUGCCCUUGAUUAUCUGCAAGGGAAAAUGUCAAAGUUAGAAAUUAAUUUAAAUGGGAUAGACUUUGUUAGGGUGUGGAGAAGUUUGGCAGCUGGAAUAGAUAGAUUGCUUUUCAAUGGUAUUCUUAUGAGCAAUGUAAAGUUUUAUGAUGGUGGAGUUGAGAGGUUUGCUAGUGAUUUAGAGGUUUUAUUUGGGGUAUUUGCAGCAUGGUGUUUAAGGCCGGAAGGCUUCUUUCCCAAAGUAAGUGAUGGCUUGAAGCUGUUGAAGACAUCACAAAAGAAACUUCAAAAUGGUUUGGCAGGAGGGGAGAAAUGGAUGAAGGCGAAUGGCAUUAUGCAUUUGAGUGUGGCUGAGUCAGAUAGAAUCAUCAAGAAUAGAGUAUUUCUAGGCUGAAGGCUACGAAACAAUACCUUAAUUCUUUUGUACGCCCCAAGAACUCUGGCGGCCAUGGACAUAAAAAGGCAAAUUCUGUCUGGAUUAUUGGUAUAAUUGUAAGAUCCUUUGUUGUACAUGACUUUUUACUCAUGGAAUGUCACAUUUCAUUCUGAUGUCAAUACAAUAAGGAAAAGAAAAUUUAUGGCUGCUGAA